GGAAGAGAGGAGGAAAUAUGUUUCCCCUUCUGACCUCAGCCCCCCUUAUGGUCAGUUCAUGCUCAUAAAAAUGUGCCAAGCUCACAACAUCUUUAUUGAGCAAGGCAGUCUCAAUGUUUACAUUUGGGCAUGGGGUCUGUGACAUUACACAGUCUAGAAGGUGCGAGACACUUGUCUGUGGCAGCAAACUUGUCUGACUGACAUUGUUUGUCAAACACAAAUUGGCCUCGAAGCCCAGGCAAUAUGGACAGUUUAAUGACCUGGACACCUCACAUCUCCUCUCAUCUCAUCUAACUUCAUCAGAAUCAGAGAUGUGAGAGUCUAAGAGCUAGCUAAUAACUUGUGGGAACUAUUUUCAGAUUCCUCACUUGAGCAUCAUAGAUGUGGUGAUUGAGCUGGUUCUGCUGCGCCUGAUCGUGUUUGGCUAUCGCCAGUCGUGUUUCAAAGGUCCAGAUUGCUUCAUGCUCCAGCUAUAUGCCCUGGUGGAAGCCUUCCUCCCCCAGGACACAGAGGGAGCCCCAGGGAAAACAUACCUGAAGAAACUGAAGAACAUUUUCUUGGACUUCCUGGACAAAAUCUUGGGUUUCCCAGAAGCCCUCUACUCCUGCCAGAACGACUUGGUGCCCAAACUAAUGCACCAUCUUGGGGCCAUGUUUUCCAAACUGCUCAGGGUGGAUGAAGACUUGACUGAGGGCCAGGACCAGGACUCCUCUAAGGAGGAGGAGGACAUGACUGUGGACCAUGACUGGGACAAGGACUGGGACCAGGGUCAAGAUGGAUGCCCAAACACAGACCUGGACGAGGAGCAGGACUCUGAUGAUCCUGCUGGUCAUCAGCACCGUGACGCAGGAACGCGGGAUGGUUAUGAUGACCAUGAAGGACUUGAGAUGGAGUCUGCUGGCUUGGAAAAGGCCGGUGGAAUUUACAGCUCCUUCAUCACAAACACAAGCUUGGAUGAAGGACUUGAGAUGGAGUUUGCUGGCUUGGAAAAGGCCAGUGGGACCCAAUCCUCUUCUUCAUCCUUCUACUCCUCCUCCAGCUCCUCCACCUCCAGGGGCUCCAUGGCUCGGGCCCCCAGCCCAGUGGGAGAUCAUCUGGGGCCGCUCGGAAAGACCGACCCCCCCAUCCUCCGGAGAUGGUUCACACUGAAGAAAGAGAGGACGUCCAUCAAGGAUCGACAGACUGCGGCUGCCAAGGGCAGAAAGAGAAGCAGGAUAUUUAAGACCAACAAAGUGUCUCCCCUCAGCUCUGAACGUCCAGACCUUGGUGAGUCCUCCAUUGCCGGAGGAGAGGAGAAGAAGAAAAAGACAAAGUCCAUCAAAGCUUUCUUCCGGGGGAUCUCUGUAGCUCUCUCCAGGGCUUUCUGCUUGCCUGCAUGAUGGACAUUCACCAGUAGAGGGGGCCACCUGCUCACUCAACUGGCUGCAGCGGCAGAGAGAGAGUCAGCAUCUGCCUGGUCGUGGGUCUGCCAACGCUGGACCUGGUCGCCAGUGGACGUCGAUCUGUGACAGUCUGCCAAAGCUGGAUCUAGUCGCCAACCGGAAACCAGACUCCAUGACAGACGACAGCGAGUUCCCGGUCCCUUUCCUCACCCCCCGGCCUGUGAUGCAGCGCCGAUCACAUCCCCAGCCCUGUGGCUACCUCUGAGUAUACUGACAUUUACCAACUGACCCAAGUUGAACACUGGAUGUUGGUGUUUCAACACCCAUUGACACUUCCCUGCUGUAUGAGAAUGCUAAGUUCUGCACCUCUCUUUCACCAACCAUAUCUGGAGUUUCUGACAUUGCUUGUAAAAAGGGCUAUACAAAUACAUUUUGAUUUGAUUUG